UCUCUCUGUCUCUCUGUCUGUAUAAUCUGGAGAGUGAGCUGGGGGCGGGUCGGUCCAGUUUCCCAGCACCGAGAGAGAAGGAGGGAGAGAGGGAGAGAGGAGAUUCCAAGCCCAGAGCGCUGCCGGCUGCAAUUGACGGCGGGAGCGGAGGGAAAUUUACCUCCAGAGAGAGAGAGAGAGAAGAAGAAAGGAAGGAGAGCGGAUUGAAAGGGGAGGGAAAGGAAAAUCCUGCAGCGUGUUGGAGCUCGGAUCGCCGACCCUGAGCCGUGUCUCCUCGCCCCCCACCACCAUGUCCAAGCUGCCGCUGCUGCUGCUGUGGGCGCUGCUCGCCGGCCUGGGCGACAUUGUAUCGAUGUAUCGCACAUCCAGGCAAACCCAGGACCUUGCAACACUAACAGACAUGGAAGGGUCAGGGUCGGAUGAUGAAGAUGAAGGAUUGUACUCUGGUUCUGGAGGUUCAGGAUACUUUGAUUACGACACGGAGCUACGAUUUACCACUGGUCUGUCCCAGGCGGUUACAACCACACCGUCCGCGUCUGCCUUCAGCUCCAUCCAGCCCUUUGCCUUCACUUUCAGGAGCUCCACCCUGGCAGGUGGCAGUGGUGCACGGGCACCUCCACCCACCUCCGCCACCCUCACCACCCAGAGGGCAGUGACGUCCGCUCCCGCCCCCGCCACCAUGCCAGCCACCACCGCCACCACCGCCCCCGCCGCCACCACUACCACCACCGCCACCACCACCACCCGCCGGCCCACCACCCACCGGCCCACCAGGGUCAGCACCACAGCAGCCACCACCUCCACGGCCACCACCGCCGCCAUCGUGCCGGACACCCGCGGCGGCGGCGGCUACACCGUGGCCGUCGUGCCUCUCGCCACCACCGGCGUGGCGGCCACCACCAAGCAGAGCGCCGUCACCAGGCCGGGACCCGUGGCCCGGCCCGUCUCCACACCAGACCCACGGGCACAUCGGCCAACACUGGAGACGUUCACGGCGGGCACCAGCAAAACCAUCCUGUCCAUUCCUCUCAUCACAGAGAAAGCGAGCUCCGGUGAUCGGGCGGUCGGCGUGACCAUCAACAACGAGGUGGAGGCUCCCGCGGCUGGGUCGCCGAGCGGAGACUUUGAGCUGACGGAGGAAGGCGAGGUGGUGAACUCAGACGCGAACAACGAAGUGCUUGUUGCCGUCACACAAUCAAACGUCCGGGACACUGGGAAGAUCGGUCUGCCUGACGUUAUAGACAAUGCAAUAGACUCUGGCAGCUCUUCAUCAGCCGCUCAACUCCCCCAGAAGAACAUAUUGGAGAGGAAAGAGGUGUUAGUAGCGGUCAUCGUUGGGGGAGUGGUCGGAGCCCUGUUCGCUGCCUUCCUGGUCAUGCUGCUGAUCUACCGGAUGAAGAAAAAGGACGAAGGGAGCUACACGUUGGAAGAGCCAAAGCAGGCGAGCAUAGCUUACCAAAAACCUGACAAGCAGGAGGAGUUCUACGCGUAGACCCUUCCAGAGUUGCCUCGUAACUGUUCGGACUGUAAACAGAUCAUUCCCUUUUCAAGCAAAUUACGUAAAGGAAGGGGAACCGCGCCAGAUGUCUCCUGAUUGAGCAGAGUCCUGCAAGCGAGCGAGUAGCAGAGUCGUGUUUUAAUGCUGGUCUUUUUUUCCACUGGUGUUGUCCAAUUUACUGUCACUGUCCCAACCAAGACUUCCAAAGGGGGGGGGGGGGGCGGGUGGGGGGGAGGGGGGAAGGGGGGGGGGGGGGUCCGUACUAGAUAAACAAAAAGCACAGUAACUGCUUACGGAGAGCUGCAACACCACAAUAGAGUUACGGGCUGGGGCAGAACAUUGUGGCUGAGAGAUGCUGAAAGGUUUGCAUAUCAAAGGAAAAUAGGAUUUUUUAAGACGUGUUGCUCACCCAGACUGCUACAUACUUUUAUUUAAUGUCAGUAGUUGAAUUGUUUCCAAGGCUACUUCCCUCCAAAACCUCUUGUGAGCCACAACUUGCUACUGUGUUUAUCUUAUUCUCUAUUCUUCAAUGCAUAUAUUAAAGGAACACAUUCCUGUUUGACUGCCCAGUACAAAUAGACAAUCAAUAACUGAUGUCCAUGGAGUUGCUGAAAUUGUUUAAGAUGGUAAUGAAGAAGUAUUAAAGUCUGAUGAACGACUUGAAAGUGACAAAACAUAUCCUUAAGUUAAUGUUGCUACAUUUUUGAAUAAUAUAUGUUUGUGUCAAAUUGAAUAAAAAAUGGAUUUGUUUUAAAA